AUGGCAAGAUACGGCCAGAAAGAGUGCUUGACUGGUACGAACGGGUUCAAUCGACACAGCCAGCGGUUGUGCGCAACCAAAGCCCAUGUAAUAUUCUCCGGCAUUCAGCCUACGGGUGUUCCUCAUCUGGGGAAUUAUCUAGGUGCUUUGCAGCAAUGGGCUCGACUGCAAAAUGAAGCUUUGCCCUCUACUCAGUUGCUCUAUGCCAUCGUCGACUUGCACGCCAUCACUACCAACCAAGAUGCAGAUCAGCUACGAAGGUGGAAACGAGAAACGUUGGCGACCCUCUUGGCUGUCGGCUUGGAUCCCGAGCGAUCUACCAUUUUCUACCAAUCUGCAGUUCCGGAGCACACAGAGUUGAUGUGGAUAUUGAGCUGUACAGCCUCUGUGGGAUACCUCUCUCGCAUGACACAGUGGAAGAGCAAGCUCACCGUACCAGAUGAAGUGUCGGCCUUGGACUCUACGAGUGCAAAAGCAAGACUCAAACUCGGACUCUUUUCCUAUCCUGUGCUGCAGGCCGCGGAUAUCCUGCUCUACGGUGCUACUCAUGUUCCGGUAGGAGAGGACCAAGUACAGCAUUUGGAGUUUGCAAGACACUGCGCUGAUCAGUUCAAUACUGUCCAUGGGGAAAUCCUUGUGAAGCCACAAACCGUCUUAUCAUCUGCGAGGCGUGUCAUGUCGCUCAAGGAGCCACACCUCAAAAUGUCAAAAUCCCACCAGGACUUUCGCUCACGGAUCCAAGUAAACGAUGGCCCAAAACUUAUUGGUGACAAAAUCAGGCUUGCGAUGACAGAUUCAAUGCCAGGAGUGUCGUAUGAACCAGAUCAUCGGCCUGGUGUGUCGAAUCUUUUGGCCAUAAUGUCAUACCUCGAUGGACGAGGGAGGACAGCUGAGGAGCUUGCCCGGGCUUGCAACUCUAUGAACAUGCGACAGUUCAAAGAAACGGUGACCAGUGCUAUUUCCGAGAGUUUGGCCAGCACUCGAGACAAAUACAAUCGACUUAUGAAUAAAGAUGAGACUCACUAUCUGGAUGAUAUUGUAAUCGAAGGCUCCAACAAGGCGCGACGGCAAGCGGGCAAGACAAUGGCCGCAGUGCGGCAAGUGGUAGGCUUAGAACACAUGGGAAGAGCAUUAGAGAGAAUUUAG